AUGCCGAUCAAAGGCGUGGAGUUGGAAGUCGUCGAAGGAAUCACCGAACACUCGAGCCGCGUUGCUCUGAAAGGUGUGUUCCAGAACUUUGGGGAUGUGGUCUCCUGUUGGGUGCCGCCAGUGGACCGACGAGGUAUUGACAAGGCCUCAGUGCGCUUCGCCAACGCCCAGGCAGCUGAGGCAGCCAAGGAGGCUUGCGACGCUGGGCAGGUCUACCUGCAGGGCAUGCUGGUGAAGGCGAAUUGGCGCUCUGGCGGCGGGCGUCGCGUUGGCAACAGCGACCUUGGCGAGCUGAGCAAAACAAAUGAUUUCGAGGACAGCGGGAUGAGGCAGUUUGCUCUUACAGACCGCCGCGACACUCGGGAGACUCGGGAGACUCGAGAGAUUCGGGACGUUCGCGAUCAAGCACGAGAGCGAGGAGAACGUGAGAGACAGCGUGUUAGAAGUCGCUCAAGGAAGAGGCGCAGCCGGUCCCGGCGCCGCAGCCGGUCCCGGCGCAGGGACCGCAGCCCGCGCCGGGAUGCGCGUGCGCCAGACAAGGAGAAGGCUUUGAAAGAGAAGGAGGAUGCGCUCGCCCUUGCGAUUGCAUCGGCGCCUGCACCAACUCCAGCUCCCGCACCGGGCGCCUUCACGGGAGUGGCGACGGCUGGGGCACCGCCUGCUCCUGCGCUGACAGGCAUCUCCGUGCCUGCCACCAGUGUGAGCCUGGCAGCCCUGGAGGGGAUGAUGUCUGUAGAACCUGCCGCUGAGGCAAAGCUGGAUCCAGAGGCGGAGAAGAAGCGCAAAGAGGAGUUGAAGGCUGCUCGCGAGAAGCGGGCAAAAGAGUUGAAGCGCGGCCCAGGGGUGGCGGCGUUGGUGCAGGGUGCACUGAAAAGAGCGAUGGAAGCACCAUCUAUGGGCAAGAAAGACGAGCUGGUGGAGAAGGCCCAGCGGCAGCGGGAGGAAGCAGAGGCAGCGGCUCGGAAGGAGCAGGAAAGGCUAGAGCAAGAGAAAGAGCAUGAGAAGGCGGAGAACAUGCGAAAGAGGUUGGAGGAGCAAAAGAAGGCGGAGGAAGAGAAAAGGAGGCAACUUGAAGAAAAGGAGGCCCGCGAGCGCGAGCGCGCAGACCGCGAGGCCUUGGAGAGGCGAAGACAAGCCGAAAAGGCGGAUGAGGAGAUGCACAAGAAAGAGGCCGAGACGCGAGACCAACGCAUCAAGGCUAGCAUGGAAGCUGCAAAGAAGCAGAGGGCCGCCGCCAAGGCAAAGGAGGCAGAGACGCUCUACGGUGACAUGCCUCAGCCUGACGCUGACACUGCAGCUGCAACAGAGGCGGCUUUGAAGGCUGCGGGUCAGAAGGGCCCUCAGGCAGACCUGGGCCUCCUUCCGGAGGACCAUAGCAAGGUAGUGUUCCUUGAUGUGGAUGGCGUGCUCCGGCCGGCGAGAGCAGGCACGUUUGAUAUCUCCACCGACGGCGAUGCCGCAAAGCCCGACACCUCCGACUUCUUCCCGCCCGCCAUGAAGGCGCUUCGCCACAUUCAGGAGCGAACCAGUCCGCGCAUAGUGCUGUGUUCGGAGUGGCGGCGUGGCGAGACUUUCCUGAAAGCCUUGGAGGAGGUCUUCCACAAAAACAGGCUGCGGUUAUGGAGCGACGUCACCCCAACAAACUUCAAGCUGGAGAAGGGUACGGACGCUGUCCGCUGCUUUGCGGACCGCCGGUCCAAGGAGAUUAGUGAGUGGCUUCGCAAGCACGAGGGCGAGGUCAGCGGCUGGGUAGUCUUGGAUGACAUCAACCUUUCCGUUGCGGAUGAGUUGGCGGAGCUGCACUGCGGCUGGAGCCAGCGCUGUGCGCAGCUCCGAGCCAAGGCGCAGCAGUGCGCCGGCGGCUUGCACGCGGAGGCCAAGGAUUUGGAGGCGAAGCUGCAACAGCAGCGGUCCAACUUGCAGCACCUGGAGCAGAAGCUGCGGCGCCUCACGGGCGAGGCAGGCGCCCUGGCCCGGCAGAUGGAGGUCCUGCGGGACCGCUCGGCGCUUCUCCGCGGCGCGGCGAAGCCGGUGGCGGAGACCCAUCAGAGGCUGGCGCUGGACAAGGUCCUGAAGCAGCAGGAAGUGGAGCUGCUGCAGCAGGUCGCGGGCAGCCUCGAGAGGUCUUUGGGGCAGGCGGCUGAUCUGCAGCGGUUGGUAGAGGAGCAGCAGCUGGCUGCGCAUCGCUCGGGGUUGCAGGUCCAGGCGGCCCGUCAGCGAAGGGAGGCCGCUGACAACGCAGAGACAAAGGCCAGACAAGAUAUGCUCAUUGCAGAGGAGGAGUGCCAGGAGAUGCUCGAAGGUUCCGCGGAUUUGCAGGUCCUGCAGAUGCAACUCAGCCAAGCUCACGCUGAAACCAGCAGGCAGGAUCCCACAGCAGACGGGGCCAAGCUUCCACGCCCAAAGCCCAGGCUUGCUCAGAAUGAGCACGACCACCGCCUGCCAGACUGGAAGCUUCACUUCUCCGUUGCGGUAGAGGACAUACCGAGGGCCUGGGACAUCCUGACCGAGCUCUUUCUGGGCGAGGGCUGCGACUUUGGCAUGAAGGCCGUCGCACAGGAAGCCUUUGACUCCUGGCCAGCUGGGCAGAGGGGCCGCGAGCUGACAGUGUACAUCUUCCAAAAUCAUGCGGCUUAUGCUGGCGGUGGUCCGAUGAUGGGAUACUGCCCAGGCUCCGAGCAUAACUUCUGGCUGGGUCCAGAGUUUGAGCGCGAGGCAGGCUUUUGGGCCUCGUUCGUGGACCAGGCAGAACACUUGCUGGCGGCUGGUGGCAUUCGAAGCCGCGGCGUGGCGCACGGCGAUCUGAAGCUCGGGCACUAUGCCUCGCUGCGAAAUGAGGCUUUUCUCUUCGAUGCUGCCUCUGGUCUGUACAUCUACCCGCCCAACUCUGCGGGUUGGCUGCUGGGAGAAAUUUCAGAUCCGCAGCAAGGAACUACGUGCUGCUGGUUUGGGAGUUCUCAGAUAUUUAGCCGGGGUUCCCUUGAUUUGGAGGCCCCGUAUGGGGCAUAUGAGGGCAUACAUACAUGUAGGGCACCUGCAGCCCAAGGAACUCUGCGGGACAUGCCUGCCCCAUGCAUCUGCCGCUGCGUGGCCAAUUGCAGAUGGCCCUGCAGCAAGGCGCCGGACUUGUUCCUUCUGUGCGCGCCUGCGCGCGUGUGCGUAUGGCACAUUGCGUGUGUGCAUGUGUGCGUGUGUGCGUGUUGUGUGUGUUGUGUGUGUGUGUUGUGUGUUGUGUGUGUUGUGUGCGUGUGUGUGUGUGUUGUGUGUGUGUGUUGUGUGUGUGUGUGUUGCGUGUGUGUGUGUGUGCGCGUUAUUUCUGUGUGUGUGUUGUGUGUUGUGUAG